AUGCCCGCUUCCUCUCAAAAACUUCCCAAUCACCAAACCCAGCACCUCUCACAUUCCAAGGAUGAUUUAGGCAGGCACCUGCGCUCCGCUUCCCCUGCUGUUAAGAGGCCGGCGUCUGAUAUGGGGGCCCAGGAUAGAGAGUCCUACAACAGUGACGUAGAAAUGGGCGAGGGUCAAAUACCGGGCGGCGCUGGCGGGUCUGGCUUCACGCCAGUCAACCCAGACGUCGCCGCGGCGACAGGUGCUCAAGACACUCUGAAGGCAAAGCAGCAAGACACGGGCCUGAGACAUCGCGACAUCUUAGCGACGACGGACCGACUGACCCACACUAGUGAUCCUCGCGCCGUCCAGCAGAGUGCGGCUUCUUUGUCUGACAACAGUGGCAGUUCGACCACAGAUUCACUCUUUCCGAGCCCUUCGAACCGUUCUACCGCCGCCACUUCGCUGAACGCCGAUGUCCCUCCCACUGCUACGUCCAUACCUUCUAUCGACGAACAGAUCGCGCAGGUGACGGCGCUCUGGCAGAAAGAGCUGGUUGAAGGCCAGAAGGGUUACCUCAUCUCUGCAAAAUGGUUCCAGAAAGUCCAGGCUCGUGGUUCUCUUCCUGCUGAUGUGGGAAAGGUCGAAAAGUCAGCGACUGAGGGUGAAAUUGGACCUGUUGACAAUUCGGACAUUGCCAUGGUGAUCGACGAGGAUGUCAAGUUGACGGACGAGGCGGGCGAAAAAUAUGUGCCUCUCCGACCAGGCUUGACAUUGGAUGAGGACUAUCGAGUGUUCCCUCAGGAAGCCUGGGAUCUGAUCAUCUCAUGGUACGGGCUCGCAAAAGAUUCUCCUGUCAUUACUAGAUACGCCCAUGACUGGGGCGGUGCCGACGCCGCGAUGCCGAACGUGACGUGGGAACUGAACCCGCCGCUCUUUUCCUUCCUCAAGGUGCCUAGUGAGCACACUACCCAGACUCAACGCGAGAAGGAUCUCCCUCCCCAACGAAUGAUUGCCAGCAAGAAGACAUUGUGCAACGAGUGGCUGAAAGAAGGCAAAAAGCUCCUGCAUAUCGACAUGAACACCAAAGUCAGAGUGUGGAGAAUUCUCGGCGGACUGAGAAAUGCCAGUGCUUCAGGUGCACUCACUCCAUCUAUUUCCAGAAGUGCUUCUCCGGCCCCUGGUGCUGAGAUUGUGGCCACCGCAGGAGACAAAAUGCUCCUUGAUGUCAACACCUUCGUACACCUUCAAGUAGGCGAGCAUCGUGAACUCCUUACCGAGAUCAAGGACAACACUGCGAACCCUAAUUACAAUGGAAAGACAUCGACCUUGAGUCUCGUUGGUCUGGGCAGGAACGAGGAAGUGAUUGUGCUCGAGGAACAAAAGUCUGGGAAGGAUGAGUGGCCAAGUGAAAAUUCCAAACUCAACCUGACCAAAGGCAUUAAGGGCGCAGCUAAGAACCUCACCCCCAGCGGAAGAUCCAGCCCAGCUCCUGGCAUGAUGACUCGGGGACGGCAGAAACGUGACGGGAGACCACGCGGCAUCACUGGACUAAGCAACUUGGGCAACACGUGUUACAUGAAUUCAGCCUUACAAUGCAUUCGCAGUGUCGAAGAGUUGACACAGUACUUCCUCCAUGACCAGUGGAAGCAGGACCUUAACGUGGACAAUCCCCUUGGUCACCAUGGCGAGAUUGCCAAGGCAUACGCCAAUCUUCUCCACCAGAUCUACGACGAGAACGCCUCUUCGACGAACCCGAGCAGAUUCAAGGCCACCAUAGGGAAGUACGGGUCUAAUUUCUCUGGGUAUUCACAACAAGACUCCCAGGAGUUUUUAUUGUUCCUAUUGGACGGACUUCAGGAAGACUUGAACCGCAUUCACAAGAAACCAUACAUCGAAAAGCCGGAUUCGACAGAUGAAAUGGUCGAGGAUAGCGCGGCCCUUCAGGCUUUCGCUCAGAAGAACUGGGAAAUUUACAAGGCGCGAAAUGACUCUGUUGUCACAGAUCUGUUCGCGGGAAUGUACAAAUCGACCUUGACCUGCCCGGUUUGUAAGAAAGUCAGCAUCAUCUUCGAUCCCUUCAACAAUUUGACCUUGCAACUGCCCAUUGAGAACAAUUGGCAGAAAGAGAUCCUGUACUUUCCGCUCCACAAACGACCCAUUCGAGUCGACAUAGACAUCGACAAGCAUUCAACCAUCAAAGCCUUGAAAGAAUUUGUCGCUUUAAGGACGCAUGCCGAUGUGGAAAGACUGCUUGUUGCCGAGUCUUACAAGAACAAGAUCUAUAAGAUUUUCGACAACAACGUCGUCAUCUCUGAAGCAAACAUCCAAGCUAACGACAUCAUCUGCAUGUACGAACUGGAAUCCGUCCCAACCAACUACAAUCCAAACAAAGCGCGGAAGUUCAGCUUGUACAUGGUCAAGAGUGAUGCAGAGGACGAGAUGGUUGAUGCAGACAGUCCAGAAGCCGACCGGAUCCUUGUACCGAUGUACAACCGACUUGUCAAAAAUCCUGCUGCACGGGUAUCCUCGAAACCGUUCUUUGGUCAGCCUAUGUACGUCGUGCUCAGUCGCGAAGACAGGUCUAGCUACGACGGUGUCCUGAAGAAAAUUCUCGGGAAUGUCGCAGGAAUGACAACCAAGAGGAUACUAGAGGAGGAAGAUAACCCGUCGGACGAUGGGGUGGGAACCCCAGAAGGGUCCGACACCAUGGUUAUGACGGACGACAUGUCCAGUUCUGGCUCUGGCCUUCCUACCGCCAACUCUGUGCAGGGCGAAGAUGGCCUUGUAGAUGUGUCGAUGCGAGAUGCUAGUCAAGCUCCCGAGCUGAGGCCUCAGCCCGCUGAGGCAGGGUUACAGAAGUUCAUGCAUACUAGCUCGCCCGUACCCCGCCGUUUCCAACAACUUUUCGAUGUUCAGGUCGCUUCAACUGGAGAGGGCAUUCCCACUGGCUGGAAUAACAUUUCAGAGACUGGAGAAUACGAAUCUAUCAGAAACCGAAUCCCCAAACCAGCAUCCCGUUCGAUGAGGCCGGCUGGCGCUUCUGCUUUUGCCAAUGGUGAGAGCGGCUCUGCCGAAAGUGACGAUGAACUUGCCGACGCUGAGAACGACGACACACCCAUGGACAGCAACGAGUCUGGGUCGGAAGCCAGUCCAGUCUUCCCCUCUGGUCCUGACUCCGAAUCCGAGUUCCAGGAACCCCAAGAGAUCCUGCCCAGCCGGAACAAGAAAGCGCAGAAGUAUGGCAAAAAUAAAAACAGAGGCAAGUUCUCGGCCAGACGCCCACACCGUCGAUCACCUUUGCCACCACCUCAGCCGUUACCUAAAGCGCAGACUGGCGAACUCGUCCGACCAGGCGAAGCCAUCAUCCUUGACUGGAGUCAAGAGGGCUAUGAUGCAUUAUUCGGCGGCAGCGAGGACUCAGGCGAGGGCUAUCGCGGUCUUCCAACAUGGAAGAGCGUGGGUCUCCUGCCCGAUCCGGAAAUUACAGCUAAGCGUGAGCAGCGUAACAGUCGUAAGAAGCAUGGCAUCACAUUGGAAGAUUGUCUGAACGAGUUUGGCAAAUCCGAAACGCUGUCUGAGCAGAACGCCUGGUACUGUCCUCGGUGCAAAGAGCACCGCCGAGCCGACAAAAUGUUCGAGUUGUGGAAAGCGCCCGAUAUCCUUGUUAUGCACUUGAAGCGGUUCAGUUCUAACAGAAACUUCCGCGACAAGCUUGAAGUGAGAGUUGAGUACCCCACGGAGGGGCUCGAUCUUUCCGAGAUGGUGAGGGAUCAGCAAGAUGGCAAGAGCUUGAUUUAUGACUUGAUCGCUGUUGAUAACCAUUACGGCGGCUUGGGAGGCGGUCAUUACACGGCGUAUGCGAAGAAUUUCUACAACAAUGGCUGGUAUGAAUACAAUGACUCUCACGUCUCGUCAAAAACGGACCCGCGAUCGGUCGUGACCAGUGCAGCGUACCUGUUGUUCUAUCGUAGACGGUCGGAGCAUCCUUUAGGGGGACCCAAGCUUCAAGAACUCCUCCAAGACUCCAGUUCCAACAGCAACGAUGCCGCAGCCGACUCUGAACUGCCACAAGACUCGCGUGAAUCUUCUCCGAUGACGGGGGAAGGUCGGCGUCUCGGCGACUCCUCCCACAAUGGGUCGUCGAGCGCUUUUCCAGUCGGUCACGGUCACCGCGUGGGAGCGGGACCGGGUGGCUCGGCGCAAGGAGAAGGAAGUCGGCAGACUCGAGGUCUGUUAGCCGGAACAGAAAGUCCACCGAACUUGACGCUGCCAAUAGCAGCCAGUAGUGGUGGCGAAUUCGAGCAGCCCCCAGGUUAUGACGACGCUCCAGCAGAAGCCGACGUCGAUGAGGGUGUCAGCAUGGAUUUCCAGUGGUCGCAGCAGACGUGGGAUUUUGCACGUUUAGAGGCCUCGACGCAGCGAGUGCCGGCCAAUUCAGAAGACGAGGGGAUGUUUGGUGACAAGGGCAGUUCCAACGACAGUACGCGCGUUGAAGGGCAUGAUGGCAGUCCAGCACCAAGCUUUAGGGAUAUAGAGGACGAUGGUUCGAUCCAUCACGACCCCAACGACAAUGAUAGUCCUCUGUACAGCAGUGAAGCUGGGCCGGUCCUGCACCAUGAAGACUUUGGACACGGCCGUGGCACCAGGGAGAGCGCCCCUCCUCCUGAUGAAAUCACAUCGAGCAUUGGUACGUCUGGACGCGGAAUGUCGAUGCCGGUCCACAUGAGUGUGCAAGAUGACAACGACGACGUCGACGAUCCGCCGGUCAUGGAGUUGCAGGCAGAUCCGGCGAACAACAACGAGCUGAGGUUCAAUCCUGCAGCUUAA